UGAGUAGUCAAUUCCAAUUUCACCUCCACCGGUUGCCCAGCCACCGGUUGGCGGUUGCCCUGCCCCACUUCACGUCUUUACUUAGACAAAACGUUACUUGUACAAUUAUUAUUCCAUGCAGAUGAUGGCAGACGGAGAAUCCAUAUACAUAACAGUACAAGAUAAGCAUUAAUCUCUUCCUACUUUGUGUUUAUCAAAUUCCAAUUCCAAACUUAAUCCACAAUUUAAUUGUGGGUACUUAAUUCAGUUUUUUUAUAAUUUGAUUUAUUCCCACUCCAUCUCUUCGCUUUCCUCACGGACCUCACCUAACCUUCGUGUAUAUAGUUUCAGUUUUUACCUGGUACUUAACCUAGUUAAUCCUAUGAAAACCUGAUAUCUAUCUGCUUUUGUUUUUUCUCUUUUAAAAGAAAAAAAGAAACCUUUUUUUAUUUUUGUGUUCUGGGGUCCGACUUUUUGAAGUAAACGCUUUUUCUGAUGGAUGAUUGGAGGAGCUUGUCUUUUGCGUGGGAUUGAGUUGAAGUGAACAAAUGGAGUAGGGAUGUAAUGAUAACAGCAUCCGUUUUGCAAUCAAGAUAGAUGAUGUUGUUGGCUGCAUAUAUUUAUAUAUAUGGACGUUUCUGAAAAUUCUUGAGUGGGAGAUUUUUUUUUUUUUCGGGGGAUUAAUGGAUCAAGAAAAUCAUGAGAGUGAUGGAAUUGUUGAGAAUUUGAGUCAAGUUAGUAGAGUAACAAGUGAGAAUUUAAGUAAUUUGGUUCAUGGGGUUGUGCAAGACACUGUUACCGUGAAAAAUUCAGUUGAAACUUCAAGUGUUAGAAGAGAUAUUGGUGAGGUCGAGUUAAGUGAAGCUUUAGGAGAAGGGCAAGAGAGGGUUGUAAAUCAUGAGGCUGAUGAUAGGAGAGUAACUGCCAAUAAUUCAAGCAAUUUGGUUCAUGGGGUUCGGACACAUGCGGUGAGUUCAGAAGAAAGUACGAGUUGUAGUGGAGAAAAGGAGGGGUUUGUAUUCAAAGUUGAUGAAUUGGGGUCAAGUAAUGCAAUUGUAGAAGCACACAAUCGGCAAAGAGUAGCCAGUCAAAUUGAUCAAGUGCAGGAGACUGCUGUUGUGGUAAAUUUGGAUCAGACAGCAGGUGUUAGCAGAGUCAAUAAUGAGUUAGAAUCAAGGGGUAAUGAAUGGAUAUCAAGUAAAGCAUUGGUGGAAAUGUUGAAGAGAAAUAAUUCUAGAGUGGAGAAGCAAUCCUGUGUGAUUGAUAUUAAAAGUGGCAGCGGAGAUGAGAAGGGAACUAAGGAGAGUGGUAAUGAGGAAAGGGUUUGUAGAAUUUGUCACUUAGGCUCUGAGCAAUUAUUGGAAACCGCAGAUGCUACUGCUACUGCUGAUAGUUCCACUAUGGGUUUAAUUCAUCUUGGUUGUGGGUGUAAAGAUGAGCUUGGCACUGCACAUAGCCAUUGUGCUGAAGCAUGGUUUAAGCAAAAAGGAAACAGGUUGUGUGAAAUUUGUGGCCAGACUGCAAAAAAUAUCACCGGCAUUGGGGAUUUAAGAGUUAUCGAGGAAUGGAGCGAGCAUAGAUUCAUUGGCAGCAGUAAUAGCUCAUCAGAAAGGAGCGGAUGUUUGCAGGGACAGCCAUUUUGUAACCUCCUAAUGGCAUGCCUAGUGAUAGCUUUCGUGCUGCCAUGGUUUUUUCGUGUAAAUAUGUUCUAAAAUGGUGUGAGUCAUAAUCAGGACUGUUGAUUCCCGGCUUCAGAAUUCAAAUGGUUGCCCACCUUGACAACCACAAAAGGCUUUACAAAAAAUAUACUGCUGGAAAACAGUUUUUAGUUCUCUUUAUUCUUUGCUGCAUGCUGGUACUUGUCACACAUGGAAUAUCUGCAAUUCUUAUUCAGGAGUCCUCAUUGUAAACACAGGCAAAAAUUGGUUAUUUGUUCAUACUUCACAGAAAGUGACUAUUUAUUUUCAUACAAUCAGUUUUAUUUUUUCUU